GUCCGUCCGGCACGUCGUGCGCAAGUCGCUCGACGCGCGGCACCGGCUGCCGGAGCCGCGGUGGGUGUACGUCGUCGACGCCGAAGUCGACGGCGACCUCGCGGAGAGCUCGGGCCGCUGCGAGGCCCUGCUGCGCCCGGCGAGUAGCGCGCCGCCCGCCGUCGCGAGCCUCGCGAAGAAGCGCCGCGCCGUCGUCGUGGGCUGCGGCCCCGCGGGCUUGUUCGCGGCGUUGCAGCUCCGCGGCGACGGCUUCGACGUGACGGUCCUGGAGCGGGGCGAGCCCGUCGAGGUGCGCGGCCGCGACAUCGGGCGGCUCAUGGCGCGGCGGAGCCUGGUGGAGGAGAGCAACUUCUGCUUCGGCGAGGGCGGCGCGGGCACGUGGUCCGACGGGAAACUGACGACGAGAAUCGGCAGGAACGCCAAAGACGUCCGCGCGGUCUUGCGGACGCUGGUCUUCCACGGCGCGCCGCGGGAGAUCCUGAGCCAGGGGUCGCCCCACCUCGGCACCGACGGCUUGAUCGGCAUCCUCAAGUCGCUGCGGAAGCGCCUGCUCGAGGCCGGCGUCGACGACGGCGACCGCUGCGUCGGCGUCUCCGUCGUCGAGGGCGGGAAGAGCUUACAAUUUGACGCCGACGCCGUCGUCGUGGCCAGCGGCCACAGCGCCGAGGACGUCUACGACGCGCUGGGCGAGGCCGGCGCGGCUCUCGAAGCGAAGCCCAUCGCCGUCGGGUUCCGCGUGGAGCACCCGCAGGCGCUCAUCAACCGCAUCGCCUACAAGGACCUCGGCGGCCGCGUGACCACGGGCAACAAGCGCACGGACCGCCUGAACGCGGAGACCUGCGGCGCGGCCGAGGGGCCCCGACUUCCCGUCGCGGCCUACCGGUUGGCGGCCGACGACGUCGAGGGGAAAGGCCGCGGCUGCUAUUCCUUCUGCAUGUGCCCGGGCGGGCAGAUCGUGCCCGCGCUCACGCGGCCGGACCUCAUGGUCGUCAACGGCAUGUCCUACAGCCGGCGGCACUCGGUGUUCGCGAAUUCGGCCAUCGUCGCGACGGUGUCCGCGGACGACCCCGUGCUCGAGCCGUUCGCGAAGCACGGCGCGCGGCGCGUCCUCGAGUUCCAGCGGUCCCUCGAGCGGGCGGCGGCGGCGCUCGGCGGCGGCGACUUCGUGUGCCCCGUGCAGCGGCUGCCGGACUUCGUCGACGGGCGGACUCCGAAGGCGGGCCGCGGCUGCUAUUCCUUCUGCAUGUGCCCGGGCGGGCAGAUCGUGCCCGCGCUCACGCGGCCGGACCUCAUGGUCGUCAACGGCAUGUCCUACAGCCGGCGGCACUCGGUGUUCGCGAAUUCGGCCAUCGUCGCGACGGUGUCCGCGGACGACCCCGUGCUCGAGCCGUUCGCGAAGCACGGCGCGCGGCGCGUCCUCGAGUUCCAGCGGUCCCUCGAGCGGGCGGCGGCGGCGCUCGGCGGCGGCGACUUCGUGUGCCCCGUGCAGCGGCUGCCGGACUUCGUCGACGGGCGGACUCCGAAGGCGGGUUCACAACCGCCGGCGUCGUCGUACCGCCUCGGCGUCAAGGAGGCGCCCUGCCACGACCUGCUGCCGCCGGCGCUCGUCGAGACCAUCGCCGCCGCGGCGACGGACGCCUUCGAGCGGUCCAUGCCCGGCUUCGUCUGCGGCGACGCGAUCCUCCACGGCGUCGAGACGCGGACGUCCGCGCCGCUGCGCGUGCCGCGCGACGACGACUCGAAGGAGUCGACGUCCCUCCCGGGGCUGUACCCCUGCGGCGAGGGCGCGGGCUACGCCGGCGGCAUCGUGUCCGCCGCCGUCGACGGCCUCCGCGUGGCGCGCGCCGCGGCGGCGACGCACGGCGCCCCGGCGACGGACAUCUGCGAGAACAUCGGGGUCCUCGACGUGUCCUAA